AUGUUCGACCCAGACUCCAGGUGGCAUUUUGUGUCGACAAUCCCACGAGGGCCGAGAGCGAAGGUCAUGGCUGCCUCGUUUCCAUCUGUGCCCAAGUGGUACGCGCAGGCUAAGGGCAAGGGGAACAUCAGCCACAUCAGCUUCCAUGCCCAGGACGGAGUCUUCUUCAACUAUGAGACCUCGGAAAAAGCCCGUACUGUGUCAAAUAAAACCGAGACGACAUACUCUCAGGGCUGUGUCAUUGCUACGUAUGGCACAAAGACGCAUGGCGGCAAGAUCGCAUACGGGCCUGGCGUGAUCUCGACUUGUCGGGGAGGCAAGGAUAAACCAUCAUGCCAAGCUAUCGCCGGUGGACUGGGCGUUGCUUUUGCACCGGUCGCGGCCGGUCAUGAGCAAGCGAGUGCAGAUGAGGUCACCAGCGAGCAGUAUCCUCUCUACCACAAACAAGGUCGCGUCGAUUCCGAACUGCGGGACUUGCUAUGUGAGUGGCAAACCCAGAAUGGUGGAAACACGAUUCAGCCUCAGCAACUCGCUAUCCGUGGCAUAAUGAUUACUCCUAUCAAACGCAACAAUUCGGUCUGCGGAACAGAGCUCAAAGGCCCAACUCCCGUCUCGACAUUCUCAUACACGGGCACGGUCGAGGACGUAUCCCUCAACUAUACUGUAUCAGUCCUGACCACUCCGCAACGCAGCUUGGUUCCAGAGAUUACCAACGUUCCCACAGCUACCCCGGUAUGCUACGUGCACGACUCGGAUCCAUUCCACGGAGACAGCAAUCGAUACUGCGCGUGCGACAAUUACAAAACCUUGCCAUUUCUCACCAGCUUCACCUUCUCGACACAGGCCGCCGAGAGCCAGAGCUGUGACUACACAACUUUGCCCCCUAGGGAUGCCAAUCGAGACAGCAUCCCAUCACUUACAUCUGCAACACCAACGAUCACGCUGGGCCCCAACCUGCAGGGAAGGGAUCUCACCAUAACGAAAGACUUCGGCCCGCCAAUUACAACUACACCCAAUUGUCAAGUUUGCACUCCGGUUGGCGCAUACGGCUACGAUGCUUCAUGCUACAGCCUACAAGGCUGCGUGGUACCAACUGCGGCCGUCACGCUCCAAGCGGGCUCGUCACCAGUCCACGUUGGAACCGUGACUGGCACAGCGCUGUAUACAGGUGUUUCCAACGCACUCGAGACGCUGUGUCCGACUCAGGCCCAGAAUUGUACCGUCGAUACUGCCCAAAUAGGCAGUGUGACCUACAUUGAGGAUAACACACUCUUCGGAGAUGGCUUCGCUGGCCCCCAGUACUACAAUCCUUGGGGGAGGAUGGCUCCCGAACCCGGCGAAACAGCCUGGAUGGAUGUUCAACUCGAGUUCAAGGAGGGCGCCGGUAGCCAGCAUCACCAUCAGAUCAAGCAAAUCUCCUAG